UAUGACCGGAAGUUAAUUUUUUUCUGGCUCAUGCUGUUGAGGAAACCUGCAGUACUGGCACAUUAGCUAUUUCCUCCUGGAGUCUGAAGCAUAUCUGAGAUGAAAAAACAAGACACUGAAGAGUCUGCCACUCAGGGUGGUGAAGAGGACUCUCCACCUACAGCAGGAGGGAUGGAGUUACCUGCAGCUGCGAAAGACAGCGUGGACAGCACCAGCCCUAAAGAGUCUGAGCCACAGACACCACAGACCGACACACCGCCGCAAGAAGAGGCACCAAGUGAAGUUGCAGAAGCAGCUCUGUCUCAGUGUGACAUGGCUGAGGAGCUGAGCCGACAACUAGAGGACAUCCUCAGCACUUACUGCCGGGAAACCAUCUCGGAUGAUGCCAGCGCCCUUCCCAAUGGCCAGUCGCACAGCCCAGAGCUGAAUGGUCUGACCAAUGAGAGAGAAGAUGACAAGCCUGAGGAGGGCAAAGUCAAUGGAGGUGACAGUGGGGUGGAGAAGGAGCAGAAGAAGACUCAGGAGAAGAAGAAAGUGAAGGGUCUGGGAAAGGAGAUCACCCUCCUCAUGCAGACCUUGAACACACUGAGCACACCAGAGGAAAAGCUUGCAGGUCUCUGUAAGAAGUAUGCUGAACUGCUGGAAGAACACCGGAACACCCAGAAACAGAUGAGAGUUCUGCAGAAGAAGCAGAGCCAGCUGGUCCAGGAGAAAGACAACCUGAGGAACGAGCACAGCAAGGCCAUCCUGGCUCGCAGCAAGCUGGAGAGCCUCUGCAGGGAGCUGCAGAGACACAACCGCACACUCAAGGAGGAAGGGAUGCAAAGAACACGUCUGGAGGAGGAGAAAAGAAAGGAGGUGACCUCUCAUUUCCAGGUGACUCUGAACGACAUCCAGACUCAGAUGGAGCAGCAUAAUGAAAGAAACGCCAGCCUCCGACAGGAGAACACUGAGCUCGCUGAGAAACUGAAGAAGCUGUAUGAGCAGUACAAACUACGGGAAGAGCACAUAGACAAAGUGGUGAAGCACAAAGACCUGCAGCAACAGCUGGUGGACGCCAAGCUGCACCAGGCUCAGGAGCUGCUGAAGGAGUCAGAGGAACGCCACGACAGAGAGAAAGACUUUCUGCUGAAAGAAGCCGUGGAGUCUCAAAGGAUGUGUGAGCUGAUGAAGCAGCAGGAAGUUCACCUCAAACAGCAGCUGUCACUGUACACUGAGAAGUUUGAAGAGUUCCAGACAACUUUGUCCAAGAGCAACGAAGUCUUCACCACUUUCAAACAGGAAAUGGAGAAGAUGACUAAAAAGAUCAAAAAGCUGGAGAAGGAGACGGCCAUGUAUCGGUCCAGGUGGGAGAGCAGCAACAAAGCUCUUCUGGAGAUGGCAGAGGAGAAAGCUGUGCGGGACCGGGAGUUCGAGGCACUUCAGGGUAAAGUCCAGCGGCUGGAGAAGCUGCGGCGGGCACUUAAAGUCGAACGGAAUGAGCUCAACAAGAAGGUCCAGAACCUCAGCGGCCCGCAAAGCAGCACCGCAGGGACCCCCACCUCCGACCCAGGGACUGACUCCCCCUCUCCGCCACCCACAGACUCUCUGCUGGAGCCCAGCACCUGUCCUGUCCCGGACACCGCCCCCUGCUCCCACUCCUGUCACUGUGACCCAGAACUGGACACAGACACCCUACUAGAGGAUGCAAACGCUCAGCCCGUCACCGCGCAGGAAUGAAGCAACACUGCUCACAGGUCUCCUCUCUCCCCCCCGCCAGCAACAAGCCACCAAAAGAUAAGCCACCAGCCCGCAAGCCGCUACUCCACUGCUGGAAGAAGCUGAUGUUAAACACUAGUCCAGAAGCAGAUCAGAAAGUCACCUUUAUAUGUUUUAGGCAGAAUAUCUGAUCAUCAUUGAUGAUAAUUGUUUCCUCCCAGUAUACUGCUUUAUAAGGUGAUGAGAGGACUGUGCCUCAUCUGUCAGCACAUUUACAUGCACAUUAUAGGUCAAUUACUGUGAAUAACUUGAUUAAGAUAAUAGUUUGAUUGAAGCAUUUACACAUUCAUUUAUUAGUCAGGUUAAUUUCCACAAGCUGCACACAAUCAGCAGCAGAGUAGGAAAUUUCUUUUAGUGUUUGGUAGUUUCAAAAUAAAGGUCCUUCCAAAAAAUACAUAUCACAGUAAUUUAGAAGAUUGAUAAGUUAUCCACCUCUUUUAUUGUUAUACUUGCACCAUCAUAGCCCUUGACUAGACUAAGACAACACUGUUCACAUGAUAGAGUAUCAGUGUGUAUGUAAAUGUACUGACUGCCUGCGUGUUGUGCUGUUUGACCACACAUUCCCUUUUUCGACUUGCAUCAAACAUAGAACAAGAUAAAUAACAGUGCUGCUUGGGAUGACACAAGCCUAACAGGUAUAUGGCAAGAGGAGUCAUCAGAGGUUGAUUGAUAUGCGUGUGAGUGUGUAUCAUUUGCAUUAGAAGUGUGUUUGGAAGGGGUUUGAUUCAGAGCCUGCAAAAUGUUAAAGGCCACUUUUACUAACUUCAUGUUUUUCUUUCAGGUGAAGUCUUAACAGAGAUGUAAAACCUGUCAUAUCUUAAUACUUAAUGUUUUUUUCUCCCGAGUUUUCACUUCUUGCUUGUAGACCAUUUAAGGGAAAGGUUCUUUUGUUUUCCUGUGUCACACACCUCCGUUUGCAGUGUUUAAUUUGUGGUCUGUAUUUAUUGUUUCUAGCAUAAUCUCUCAUAUUGAAAUGUAUCUAUCUUACAGAGCACCAUUGUAAAUCAGUUUAUUUUUCAUUACUUUAGACAGUUUAUAAAGCUGCAGCUUUUAUGACCAACUUUUCAUUCCUAACCUUUCUGGGUUCAGUUGCCCCUCAUUUUGUUUUACAUUGUGUUUCAGUCCUGCGUACAACCUUGUAAUGACGACCACUUAAAACUUGAUUUACGCCCAUCCUUUUUGUUUUGGUGUGUGUGUGUGUGUGUGUGUGUGUGUGUGUGUGUGUGUGUGUGUGUGGUGUGUGUGUGUGUGUGUGUGUGUGUGUUUGGGGGGUGGGGAUGGAUUACAUGGCUACGUGGCUAAGAUUGUCUCUUCCCAGCCCUGGUCAUUGCAGUAGCUUGUAAUCAGGUUUUAUCAAGAGAAUGUUGGAGAACCUCUAUGCAAUGCUUUCCUCUUGGUUUUAUUCUGUGGCAGUCUGAACUGAUAAGCACUUAGCUAAGAAUGUAUAUUCAUUAUAUCCACUGUCCUGCAUGGAUGUACUGUAUAAACAAACAUAUCUCACAGCAGAAUUCUACUUUUUGUUGGCGUUAGAGCCCUGUUUGUCGAGCUACUGUGAUGUUCGACAUUGAGCAUAAUAUCGUGCAUCUCCCUGAUGCUUUUGAAAGGCGAGUCAGCCGAGUGGGAUUAAGGAGGAAAAAAUGAGAGAAAACGUUAUUUGACUUCUGAAUUGUAGUUUCAUUCCCAAACAUGUUCAUUUCUCUGCUGACAUUGUUAUGUUUUACUUAAUAUGUAGCACUGAUAUCAAGGUGACAACUGAUAGAAUCAGUCAUUUUCAACUGAAAUAGAAAUGGCAAACCUAAUUUCUUCCAUUGUCCCACAGGACAGAUUCAUUGCAGCUCCAGUGCCGUGUUGGUUAUGGAGGUUUAUUGACCAUGAGAAGGAACCAAAGAUGUUUCCUUUUUUUGUCUUUUGCAGUACUUUUAUCUGGCUGUGUAUAUUUUGUUUCUUGUUAAAUAAAAGAUGUAACAGUGUA